ACGUCUGAACAGCAAAUCAGCGUUGUGUUUCCAGCUGGGUCAAAAAAUAAUAAUUUCCGCUCCAACAUAUCAACAACUCCUUUUAACAUAUUCUGCUCAAUUUUAGGAUUUAUACUGGGUGUAACUGGGGUUAUUUUGGGAAUUUUAUUGUGGUGUAAUGUCAUAAAAAUUAAACUAAUAAAAACGUAACCGUUUGAGGAUCACUGGAUGCAUUGAAACGAACAUAACCUCAAUCCUUGUGAGGUUAGGUAAAGUAUUUUGCAGUGUGAAAAAUGUUAAAAAUUCGUCAUAAAUUCGCUUCAGUAAGCAAAUUAUCCGUAAUUAGACAUUUAUCUAGUCAGUCGACCCAACCAGCAACCAAAGAAACUUCCGAAUAUGAUGACCAUCGACUUAGAGAAUUUGAAAGAAUUUCAAACAUCCAACAGAAAGUUAAAACCAAAAAGCCGCAAAAACCCCCAUUUGUCAAAAAUUUAUUCUUGGGAAUCUUCGACACCGAUUUGCUAACUUACCCUGAAUUGACGAACGAACAACUGAACAAUCUUAAUUCGAAAAUCAAACAAGCUGAAAUGAUUGUGCAACAGAAUGAAGUGAAGGAGUGUGACCGAAUAUCUAAAGAUUUUUUAAAGAGACUGGCCACUGGAAGAUUAUUGGGUUUACAAGGGUCUCAGCUAAUGGGUGGCCGCGAAUUGUCGGUUACAGAAAUGUGUAGAUUUACUGAAGUAAUUUCCGAUAUUAAUUUAAAAAAUUCUGUUAUAAAUAAUGAAUAUUUAGGAGUUCAAACGCUAGUUAAAUGCGGUAGCGAUAAUUUAAAACGGAAAUACCUGCAAAAAAUUAUUGAUGGUGAUAGUCUAUCUGCAUUUUGCACAGUGGAACCUUUACCCUCUAAAAUAGAUGUGUUUGGAGUGACGGCGCUGCGCUCUGCAGAUGGCAAAACUUGGCUAUUAAAUGGUCAAAAGAAGCUAGUCAUUAAUGGAAGUGAUGCAGAUUUUUAUGUGGUUGUUGCAACUACUAAUUAUAUAAUUAGGGACGAAAUAAGAGAGCAGAAAUUCACUGCGUUUUUAGUUGAAAGAGAUUUUGGAGGAAUUACCAGUUCGAGACAAAGUUCCGUCGAUGGGGUUUUUCAGUUGUCAGAUGUUGUUUUUGAAAAUACACCCAUACCGAGUGAAAAUAUAAUUGGUAUUGAAGAAGAAGGUGAGAAUGUAUUAUCUACAGUAUAUCCAGAAUACCGCCUCAGUACAGGUCCAAUCUGCUCUGUGAUACUAAAAAAUUUAAUUAAUAAAGCAACGGAACAUUAUAUCAAUGCGUCAAAGGCUCCAAACUUCUUGUACGAAACCGACGCAAUCAGGAUAAAAAUGGGCGAGUUUUUGUCUUCGUUAUACGCUAUUGACAGUAUGGUGUAUUUGACUGCAGGCCUUGUUGAUAAUUACGAAAAUCAGGAUACUGAGUUAGAAUCAACAAUUGUCAAGGUGUUUGCAUCAGAACAAGCCUUUAUGGCCACAUCAUCUUGUCUCGACCUUAUAGGUCCAGAAACUAGUGUAGACAAACACUGGUGCAAUCAACUUCACAAGGAAGCCUUAUGCCAAGUAACCUUAAACGACAAUAACGACAACUUAAAAAUACUAAUAGCGCUGUUUGGACUACGUUAUGCCGGGCAAAAAAUAAACACAUUGGUGAAAGAAUUAAGAAACCCGUUGUUCAAUGCCACAGCAGCCUUGAAACGUAUGUGGACGCAUAGAAGACACGCUGAUGACAACCCAAAGUUGGAUUUGUUCUUAUAUCACCACUUACAUCCAUCAUGUGUACAAGCGGCACAACGUUUAGAAUACUGCGUUUUACGACUUCAGUAUGCAACAGAAAUCUUCUUCACUCGAUACGGUGCUGAGGUUAUCAAUAAGCACUCAGAGUUACGCCUUCUCGGGGAAUGCGUCAUAGACAUCUACGCAAUGGCGGCUUGCCUAGGUCGUGCUUCUAGAUCUUAUUGCAUAGGGCUACAACACAGCGACCACGAAAUGACUUUAGCCGCCGCUUUCACCGUCAACGCCACAAAAAGAGUCAAGUCAAAACUAUUAACAAUAAUAGACGGCCCGUUUGUAACCACCGAUGAAAACUUCCGAUUCGUUUCAGAAAGACUUUUUAAUUGUAAGAACUACUAUCCAGUACACCCGCUCACUAGGAAUUUUUAGUUGUAAGAAAAUAAAUUCUGUAAAUAGUUAAA